CCGUUCCGUCGCAGGCUCUCCAUGCAAACGCCUUCGGGCGACCGGAGUAGUUCGGUCCCUCAGCCACAAUGGAUGCUGACUCUCGAAGCCCAUCUGGCGUAAUUUGCAUCUUGAUCACCCCAUGGUCACGUAGCCAUCGCCCGCCAUGGCGUCCGGUUCCCAGGCCAAGGCCCACGACUCCUCAAGUCCCAGCCGCCUGCAUUCGGGCCUGGAGAGCUUUUUGCCUGCAAACAUCCUCGAACUCCACCGAUGCGCUGGCAGUCUUCCCAAAGCGAACAAGCCAAACUCGUCUCCACGCCCGCGGCCUUCUGCUACCCCACAGACCAGCGUGUCACCAUCUGUAUCGUCCAUGUCGAGCAGCUUCAUGCUGGAACACCGGGGCUACACAUCCCCCAACGCUGCACGGUCUGAACACGAUGGGGAACAUGCCGGAACCCCACGCCCCAACGACGAGGGGGCUCCCGCCGUAAUAGCUAAUUGGGCCCAUCUUUCCUACCUCAAGGCCCAGCGUAGCACGCUUCGUGCUGAACUGAAGGCCCAUGAAAUCGCAGGCGCUGAGGCAAAACGGUCAGUGACAUCAUUGCGGCGCCUCGCCUUUCGCAUGGCAGUCAACAUAUCCGUCAAGGAGAAACAGAUUGCGACCACCGCCCGAAACCUUGCCAAGAGCAGAACAAGCCGUUAUCUAGAAAGCAGAGAUGCACACAAAAGAGUCGAGCAGCUGCAGAGGGCACUGUGUCUUGAGGAGAGUCGCAACAAGGAUAUUCUUGAAGCACUCGAGCGGGCUUCCACGUUGACGCUUCAGUACGCGACUCCAAGCCAAAAAUCUCGACAUGUCUCCGAAAGCAGUUUUCCUUCUCCUCCUCCCUCCCCACCAACGCGUUCGAGUGUUCCUAAUAGUCCCAUUGGUUCCCUGGGGACCCUGCAGCCGCUAUCACCGUCUCCAUGGCACCAUGUUCAUCUCGAGCUUGCCCCGCCCCAUGUAAGCCCACCCGAAACACGCAUGUCUGACAGCCGCUUGAUACGGGCCAAGCGUGAAUCAGAUCGAGCCCUUGCUACGUGUCGGAGCCGCAUCGAACAACUACAACGUGAGUGUGCCGUAAGUAGAGAAGAUGGUACACUCUUAGCAAUGGCAAGAGACGACCUGGAGCAGAAGAUACGGAAUCAACAAACCCAAAUUACUUCUCUGGAAUACUUAAGAAAGAGGUCACAGGAGGAAUUAGAGACCACUAAACCGAAGCUGCAUAAAGCAUGCAAUUCUGAAGAAAGGUUGCAGCUGGCGCUCCAGGAGAAGACUGAAGAGCUUGCUGGAUGGGAAAAGAAGAGUGCAGACAUGCAGCACACAAUUGAUGUACUAGAGCAGGAGAAGAUUGUCCUUGAAGAGCGGGUCCGAAUACAAAGCACCCAACUUGAAGAGCUCGAAAUCCGUACCCAGACUCUGGAGAAAACGAUGUGCGUUUUGCGCAGUGAGCUCGAGACAACCAAGCAGCAUGAAUCAACGCUCCAAGACCGUCUUGCAGAGAAGGGUCACGCUUAUGAUGACCUGAGAGAACAACAUGAUCGAAAUCUGAAGAACCUCCGCAUUCUUGAGCAAAAGAUGACCACACGUGACGUCGAAGCUGCAGAGCAUCUCCGCAAAAUCGAGAUUGGCGGGAACGUUAUCAGUACGCUGCGAGAACAGCUUCUGGUCUCACAAACUGCGACAAAGGAUGCUCAGAAAGCUUCGGCAGAUAUCAACAAGACGGUGGAGAUUCUGGAGAAGAAAUUGCAGAUUGAAUCUGACGAACGUGCUGGCCUGGCCAGUGAACUGCAGCAUGCGCAGAUUGAGAAGACCAAAUUAGAAAACAAGCUACUUAACACGGCUGCCCUCCUCGAACAAGAAUUGAGAACAAAGGCAGCACUUCAAGGCAACUUGGGCGGCCUACGUAGAUCUUUUGACGCCACAGAAGCCAACCUUCAGCAAGCUCGCGAGCAUGUUGAUUCGUUGCAGGAAGCUGAUAGGAUUACUCGAACUAAAUUGGAAACACUACGAUAUGAGAAAACGACGCUCGAGGUCGAUCUCAAGGAUAUAGGGGGGCUCUUGGUAAAGCUUCGAAAGGACGUUCAGGUGAAGGACACCGAGCUUGCUAGGGUGAAAUCUGCAAACACAGAAUUACAGGAGAAACUCCGGGGUGCAGAAGAGCAAACAAAUUCUGCAAAGAAAGAACUGGAGCAUAUGCACAAUCUGAAGCGGGAAAACGAUGACCGUCAUAUGGUGGAGAUGCAAAAGAGCGACGAACAUCUUCGCUCACUCGAAACCUCGAUCCUGGGUCUUCGCUCUAUUGUGGAUUCAUCGGAAAAGCUCCAAGCAUCCCUUUGUGAAGAGCUUACCCGUGUUCAAAGCUCUACGGCUGCAGUUGGAGUCGAGCUGGAAGAGGCGCGUCGAUCAAAAGCCGAGAUUGAGAGCAAUAUUCAUGACACCCAGUCACAGCUUGUACAAGCACAAAAUGACUGCGACAGCCUGGAGGCUCAGGUUAAUGAGCUUCUGAGCGACUUAGCACAAAGCUGUCGGUCAAAAUCUUGCCUGGAGGAACGAAUGGCUGUACUGACAUCUGAGGGUAACGUGCUCAGGAAUCGCGUAGCAGAGCUAGAGUCCGCGCUCAGAGAAAAUUAUGAUUCCAGAAUCAAAGCUGAAAAUGCUCUGUCUAUGGCACACUCGAAGAAUGAGACAUCCGAGGCGAAUUUGGGGGAUCUUCGUAGGCAAGCGCACGAGUCAGAGACGAUCAAACACAGGCUCCAACAGGAUCUAAGUAAAAGUAUCAGCCGUAAUUCAGACCUUGAGGCCCAACUUUGCUUUGUACGGGAGUGCUUAGUGAAAACUGGGUUGGAAUCAAAAGACAUACAAGCACAGCUGUCGCACCUGCAGAAGAAGACAACGACUCUUCAACGGGCGAAGGAAAAUGCCGACCAAGCAUUGAUUUGUAUGGAACAAUCUCAUGGGAAGCUCGAGGAGCAACUGCAAUACAUGCAGUCGCAAUUGCAUGAUGCACUGUCGAAGAUGUCGCAGUCAGAAUCAAGAUUGGCAUCGAACGAAGAGGAACUCGAAGCCAUGUUUCGAGCCAAAGCAACUGUUGAGAAGCGACUCGAGCAGACACACAAUGAAAACGUGCGGCUAGAGGAAGAGUUUGCACUUACUCGGGAAAGCAACAGGGCUAUCAAAAGCCAACUGGACAAUACCAUGAACUCCAAUGGUGGCUUAGAGAAGGACCUCGCUGUGGCACGAGCAGAGGUAGACCAGGCAAAUAUGCAGAAUUCCAAACUGCAGUCUAAGAUGAGCAGCCUGGAGCAGCAAUUGGAAAGCUACCGGCAAAUCAAGGAGAAAUUAGAAGCAAGGCUGAGCGAAGCACUCAAAGUCUCGGCAAGUACAGAACGUAGUAUUUCUGACACUCGCUCUCGACUACAAGAGGUCGAGUCGCAUAAAUCUUCACUCCUUGGAGAGCUGCAGGAGACUAGAGAAGAGCCGGGCGCCCUGCGACGAGAGAAGAUCGAAUUGGAAGCCAAAGAGGACACCUCGGAAAAGGAAAUUGAGACUGUUGUGAAGAAGUGUUCGAGCCUCCACUUACAAGUAGCGGAGCUCGACGCCCAUAGUGCUGAAUUGGUCUCUCAGCUGUCGGCGAGUGAAAAGGAGCUGGAAGGUUUGCGGCUGACACACUGCGAGCUUGAAGAAUCUUCUCGAAUUACAUUCAAUCGUACCAGUGAGCUUGAGGUGGAACUCAAAGCUGCUCAAAUGCGUCUCGAGAUUGCCGAGUCAGAGAACUUGAAGGCAAUCACCAAGCUUAUCAUGGCUGAUCGCGAACUCGACUCUCUCAAGGUCACCAGAACCAAGCUUGAAGCCUCGGAACAAGAGCUUUUUGUACGCCUUGCGGCGGCAGAAGAGGAACUAAACACUGCACGCGAGAAAAAUGCCGACCUAGAAGCCUUCCUUGAGCGAGUGCAGUCAGAUAUGGCCAAUGCAUACUCUGCAGUUGAGGAAACCGAAAGAAGUUGUAGAGAAUUUGUCGAUUGCUCUGAAGCCAAACUGAGCGCUGCAGACAAUUCCAAGUUACGUUCCAAGCGCAGAUUGCAUCAGAGAAACAGUGAACUUGAGAUCCUCAUCAGCGAAAACUCCAACCUACAUCAGCAGAUUGGGAUGCAGACCCGCGAAAUAGGUGCCUUGGAGAAGGGUAAGAACAAGCUUGCAGACGAUCUGUUGAGCAAAGAGAAGUACAUCAAAGAGCUUGGAUCGUCAGCGGGUGAGCGUAUGAGAUCCAUGAACGCGGCCUACAACGAUCUGAGGAGAAAAUUUGAAGAGCAGCAACGCAAACAUCAGCAGCUGCGCUGCAACCAUGACACUGCAGCACGCCUGGAAGCCGAGUUAGAGAACAAACUGACACAGAUAGAAGAAAUUCAGAACAAACGCGAAGCGUACGCAGCCUCUUUUUGGGCUUUGGAGCAAGAGGUUGAAGUGUUGAGGAAUGAUAAGAGGGCAUUUGAAAUGUUGAUAUCAACACUUCAGGAGAAGAUCAGGCAUCUCGAAGUGCUGGAAGAGUGGAAGCAGCCCAGCGACAUCAAUCCAUCUGGAUCGCCCUGUCACACUACUAUCGAAGAUGAACCUUACGAUACUGCUCCCUCGAGCCCAACGUCGCUACAUGCGGGAAGCUCUAUCGGACCCAGCAGCGUGCAGCACGAGAGGCCAGAAACCAGGGCCAGUACCAUUUCUCCUGAAGAAGAUCUUGACAUGUGGGCUAGACAUGUAGAGCAAGUGCGCAUACAAAGGGAUGAGGCAGCACUCCAAUUAAAGGGCAUGAAAAAGUCACAGCACAAUCUUAAGAAGACGUCGAGAAACACUGACGCCCAACUACACAGGUUAGAAAAGGAGAACAAAGCCAAACAUCAUCCAAAUCUUCUCCGGAAGAGGAGUCGCCCUAUGGAUACCUCUAUUCUCACUGACCAUAGCUCUCCAUCCUCCUCGCCGCGUAUAGGAGGGCAAACCUCUCGGGUUACUGCUACCCGGCCUAGGACUUCUUCACAUGGGUUUUCCUUGUUCUCUCACUCUACCAUGAAAGCGCGGCAUAGCAUACAUCUACCUCACUAUCAUUUAGAAGAUAACAGAGCGUCACUUGAGCGCCCUAAGAUGAGCUAUACCCUUGGUGGUAGACGAACUGUAAGCGUUGGAGACGAGAUUAUACCUAGCCCUGGAGCGUAUAGGAAAAAGUGGGGUCUAGGCCUACGUGGAUUGUUCCUUAGAGAUAACUAGUUUCUUCCUAUAGUGUAUAGGUGUAACGUGUAGAACUAUAAGAUAGAGACGGGAUAGUAAAAAAACAUAAAAGCAC